AUGAACGGCGACGGGUAUUCGUCACGAGAUGGCCGCCAUGGCUCAUCUCGCGAUUACUCCUCGAGAGAUGACAGGCGCGACCGAGGCGAUCGCGGCGACCGUGGCGACAGAAGAGACCGUCGACGAUCCCGAUCACCUAGACGCUCGCACCGCGACGGUGAGCAAGACUCAUAUGCCUCGAGCCGCAGCCAUAGAGACCGCGAACGCGAGGACAGAUAUGGAGGCGGUGGCGGCGGCGGCGGCGGUGGCGGCCGAGACCGAGACUGGAGGGGAGAUCGGGACCGCGACCGGGAUCGAGGUGGCCGAAGAGAUCAUCGCCGGGAUGAUGGCGGCCGACCUCCACGACGCGAUCGCGACCUUUUCGACGACAGACGAGGCGGCGGUGAUAGACGUGGCCACGACAGAGGACGGGAUAGAGACGAGGACCUUUUCGCGCAAAACCGCCGUGGCCGAAGCGCAACCCCCCCUAAGAAGCGAGAGCCUACCCCCGACUUGACCAAUAUCGUUUCCGUUCUUGACCGCAAGCGCCGCAUGACACAAUGGGACAUCAAGCCUCCUGGAUACGAAAACGUCACGGCUGAACAGGCCAAACUGUCCGGCAUGUUCCCGCUUCCAGGUGCACCCCGACAGCAGCCGAUGGAUCCCAGCAAGCUCCAGGCUUUUAUGAACCAGCCUGGAGGUGCUGUGAACAAUGCCGCUCUGAAGCCCUCGAACAGUCGCCAGUCGAAGCGUCUUCUCGCCUACAACAUCCCUUCGAAUGCUACUGAAGAAAGUGUCAUCAGCUUCUUCAAUCUGCAGCUCAAUGGUCUCAACGUCAUUGAGAGCACUGAUCCCUGCAUUUUGUGCCAGAUCUCGCGCGACCAUACAUUUGCUGUUCUCGAGUUCCGACAUGCCUCAGAAGCCACCGUCGCCUUGGCGCUGGAUGGCAUUUCCAUGGAGCCCGACGAUGCAAUGGGCAACGGUGUUGCCAAUGGAAGCGGCCACGGUCUCAAGAUCCAACGCCCCAAGGACUACAUUGUGCCAGCCGUGGUAGAUGACACCGGCUACGAACCUGGUGUAGUGUCCCGGGUAGUCGUUGACACACCUAACAAGAUUAGCGUCACGAAUAUCCCGCCAUACCUUACUGAGGAUCAGGUUAUGGAGCUGCUGACUUCUUUCGGAGAGCUUAAGGCGUUCGUCCUGGUCAAGGAUGCCGGCACAGAAGAAUCACGAGGUAUUGCUUUCUGUGAAUAUGUAGACCCCGGUACUACAGACAUCGCUGUGCAAGGACUUCAUGGUAUGGCCAUCGGCGACAAGAGUCUGAAGGUCAAGAAGGCUAGUAUAGGAAUUACGCAGGUGGCUGGCGUCGAAAUGGGUGUCAAUGCCAUGUCUAUGCUUGCUGGCACCACAUCCACGGACCAAGAGGAAGGCAGAGUGCUACAACUGCUCAACAUGGUCACAGCGGAGGAGCUCAUGGACAAUGAUGAUUACGAGGAAAUUUGCGAGGAUGUUCAAGACGAGUGCUCCAAGUUUGGAAAAGUGGAAGCAUUGAAGGUCCCCCGACCCAGCGGUGGCAGCAGGCAAUCUGCUGGAGUCGGCAAGAUUUUUGUCAAGUUUGAUACCAAUGAAUCAGCCAAGAAAGCCCUGAAUGCACUGGCUGGCCGCAAAUUUGCUGACAGGACUGUGGUCACCACCUAUUUCCCCGAGGAGAACUUUGAAGUCGGUGCUUGGUAA